GGUGACGUCACGCGUUCCACGUUGGCCCGGACGUGGCAGUCGGUCCGGAAUCUUUCCCAAAAGCUCAGCCGAACAACUUCGACAUUUUAGCCGCUUUAUAAGGAUUAGUGUUUUGACGCAAAACUCAAACAACCUCUAGCAGUCAUGGGGCUGACAAUAUCGUCAAUCUUCGGUCGACUUUUUGGCAAGAAACAAAUGCGGAUUUUAAUGGUUGGCUUGGAUGCUGCCGGAAAGACGACCAUCCUAUACAAGCUGAAGCUCGGCGAAAUUGUAACCACCAUCCCAACUAUAGGCUUCAACGUGGAGACGGUGGAGUACAAGAACAUUAGUUUCACCGUGUGGGAUGUCGGCGGCCAGGACAAGAUCAGACCCCUGUGGCGACAUUACUUCCAGAACACGCAGGGCCUUAUCUUUGUCGUGGACAGCAAUGACCGAGAGAGAGUGGCCGAGGCUGCAGAUGAGCUCUCCAAGAUGUUGGGCGAGCAGGAGCUGAAAGAUGCCGUGUUGUUGGUGUUUGCCAACAAACAGGACCUCCCCAACGCCCUGAGCAUCAGCGAGAUCAAAGAUCAUCUGGGUCUCAAUAACCUGAGGAACAAAGACUGGUACGUUCAGGCGACCUGCGCCACUCAGGGCACCGGUUUGUACGAAGGACUGGACUGGCUUUCCAACGAGCUCUCCAAGUAGAAGGAAAUCUGCCGAGUGGAUGAAAGCGUGAACUUUUACACGGACAUUCAACAUUAUGGUCUUCCAGCUACGGAGGACAUGGCUGGUGGCCAGUAUUUUUUUUUCUCCUUCUUUUCAUGGGGUGGCUGGGCGGGGUUAUCCUAUUUUUCUUUUUAGUUCACUGUAUGACCAAUCUGUGGGAGUCGCCAACCAUGCAGUUUGACCACUUGAGUAAUUCCAGUCAGAUAAGUUCUGUAAAGUUCUGCUCACGGAUUCGGACCAGGUUUGCAGUGAUUUGUCCUCCAAGUGGAACAUUGUGCCUUCCAGACUCUCUUUUUACUUCAUGCUUUAAUGCCCACACCUUCCUGCGAUACUUGUGACUUAAAACUGAUAAUAUGGCGUUUAUUUUUAUUUUGGGGAGGGGGGGUGGGAUUCUGCUCCUUGGCAAACGGUUUUCCUUUCCAUAAACAAUCAAAGGUUCUUACCCGCUUUUGUCCGGAUUAACAAAGUUGUCAGCUCUAACAAAGAAUUAUUGAACAGCAGAGAAGAAUCUGUGUAUUCAUUGCUUAAAAAUGUUUGCAUGUUAUUUUUUUUUUGUUUUGUUUUUGCUUGUAAUGUUUGCUAGUAGCAGUACUUAAUUAGUAGGGGGUUUACAUUCCGGCAUUUGCUUGCAGACCCUAAAAUCUGUGACUGUUUAUAACGUGGAUUUGCUUUAAAAUGUUUUACAAAUAAGGUCACAAUAAAGACUUAAAUACA